AAACGCGCGUUGUGUUGAAACUUCGCGAUGCUUCCACGGCUGAGACGCGUUCGGAAAAGUGAUGCUGGAAAUCCUUCGAGGAAGAUUCUUGGUGGCAUAGAGAACACCAUAUCCGACGAAACAAGUACUCCUGCUAAGAGAAGGACCAGCAGCAGACAUCUCAUGCAAGCGAAACAGGCGGCAGCGGUAACCGCAUCCGAGCCACCUGCGCCGGAGACGCUGGAGCUCGGCGUGAGCCCGAUCGAGAGACGUUCCUCGCGGCGGUCUCAGAAAAGUCGCACAGGUGCAACAGCUCCAAUUGCCACAUCCACCCCCGAUCACGCACCGUCCCAGCGAGCACUGCCAGUGGCACUUCCGGGAGAACGAGCGUCCCAUGUUUCAUUCGAUCUUGGCCGUAGUACUGAUGCGUCCACUUGCCUGUUUGACGCAACCAUGGCAUCGGGGCAGGAGUCUCGCUUGAGCUCCCCACCACGGAGACGCAGGGGGAUGCGGCAUACUGACAGCCCUGAGCUGUCGGUCCAGAAGGUCAGACGGACGUACUCCCGCGGUGACAGGUCCGCAACGAUUCCCGUGAAGCUCUUCGAAGAUCUCGAUGUCCCCGACCGAGAGGAGGAGAACGAAGACAACUUUUUCGAGCCGGACGAAGAGCCACAAGCCAAGAAGACCAGGGUGCACAAGCCCAAGGCUCAAAAGGAGAAUGACAGGCAAUUUGACGAGUGGGCGGACAAGAUGGCGGCGGAGUUUGAAGAAAUCGAAAAGUUCGAGUUAUGUUAUGACUAACGUGCGCUCCACUGCCACGGCUGCACCCGGUUCAUUGCGACAUUUACGCGAGAUGCGUAGAAGCGAGGUACCAACGACGCGAGUGCGAACUUUCAUCUGGUAUUUUGUAAUCGACAGCCACGGCAAUUUUUUUCGACCACUCUUCGGGAGUGAAAAGACGGAAGCAAUGCAGAGACAGAGAGUUGCAUGAAAACGUACUUAUUUAACACUGGUCUUUUCUGUAAGCUAGUGUUGUAAAAAGUACUACGCAGAAAUGGAUGAUUAUUUUUCCGUCGUAGUUGACAACUGACCAACAAAGGCAUCCGCGAUCAAUGUAUUGUUAAAUGUCUUCGUGAUUUCUUUCUUGGUUGAGUGCGCAUUUCUAUCGAUAGAAUGCGGGUGUCCGUCAACGUUAGUCGGCAGCUGUAAUGCUGACAUACCUUUCCGAAGCACGUAGAGUGCGCUGAGGACAGUUAGAGUUCUCGGAAUCUGUUAUUCAUGUGUCCAUCGCUUUGGCCAACACGACUUGCUACGGCCCUUGCCAAUCAGCUGCCAGUGUUGUCAGAAAGAACAAUAUGUAGUUUUAUCUUUGUAGCACAUGUCGCUGAAUUGACUGAUGGGAACAUCCAGGUGCUCGGCAUAUUUUCGGUUGACAGGUUUUGUGCUACUUGUUUCCAUUCAGCAUCAGGUGACACUCGAAAAAGAUGCGCGGUGCAUAUUUUGUUGGCAUCUCGCAUCAUCCACCCAGGAAACAAUGAAGCCAUAACGGCCUUGGAUUUAAUCUGCCCAGGCAAGCAGUAAAUGAAGGCUUGUGUUACUGGUGAUGCAAAGCCUGGGAAGGUAAAGAAAAUGUUAAAAUUUUUGUUACAUUCAGUGUCCUGUUAACACUAACUGCAAGGUGAGGGCUGGUAAUAAGCUUGGAAGAAAAGUUCUAGAAAUAAUGAAGUCGGUGGCAUUUUUACGGUGCUAUUUAAAAAGGGAGCCUCAUAAACUACGAUUUAUUCGUCUAUAUAAAUCGCCGUGCCUUUAAAUGAAAAUACCAGUUGAAAAGAUUGCUCUCACGAUGGCGGUGCCUUACCUUAUUGUGUAUGUUGCUGCUUGCAACAUGCAGGUAGAGGCAGUGUCUACUCGUUAAACUUGUACUUGGUGCCGAUUCACGAGGAUAUGCUGUGAAAAUCCUAAAGUUUUCAUUGACAGAGGCAGAUACAUGACGUGUUUGUUUUAAUUGCACUAAGCACAGUCGCAAAUGUACAUGCUAAAUGCAUUUUUGUCGAUCGGUCACACGACAUUUUAGUCCGUUUUACCUGAGAGUGGCGGUGCGGCCACAAGCUGCUGUAUUUAUUAUUUUGUUUACAAGUAUUAAAAUGAUGUUCUUGUUUUCUUGCUUGUGUAGAACAAACAAGCCUGCAACCGUGGGUCUACUUGUGUUUAAAGAGUGUUUUAAUCAUUGUACAUACAUGGAAGGGAAAAAUAUGUAUUUUACUUUAAUCGACGCAGAGUCUGUUUGCU